UUUUUUUUUUUUUUUUUUUUUUUUUUUGCAAAAGCCGGCGUUUGCAACGUGCCACUUCCAAUGCCUUAAAGAUUGCUGCGUGUUCCUGUCUCUACCAGCGAGCACAGAAUUCCACUCCAGGAACAUCUUGGUCUAGCGAUGCAAAGAACUGACGUUGCAAAGUUUUGUUUCUGUUGCUAGAUGGUCGGGACUUCCCCAACAACUCGGCCGCUUUAGGAGCUCCCGCGGAUCCCCUAUUGCACGCCCUUCUCGCUUCUCUUCCAGCCUGUGCAGCUGGAAGAGUGUGUAUCAUCCUCAUAAUAGUAUAGAAGAAUUCAAGACAGGAAAGAUAGGGAGCAGCGAAUGAAGACUAUAAAAGAAAAGAAGACGGAACAUCAAAGACUGAGAAAAUCUGCCAAGAGUAGGAGGGUAACCCAGAGGAAGCCAUCUUCAGGGCCUGUCUGUCGAUUAUGCCAGCAAGAACCCGGGGAUCCUGAAAAAUUAGGGGAAUUUCUUCAGAAAGACGAUCUCAGCGUGCAUUAUUUCUGUCUUAUCCUAUCUAGCAAGUUACCUCAGAGGGGCCAGUCCAACAGAGGUUUCCAUGGAUUCCUGCCUGAAGACAUCAAAAAAGAAGUAUCCCGAGCUUCUAGGAAGACCUGCUUUGUGUGCAAGAAAAAGGGAGCUGCCAUCAAGUGCCAGAAGGACCAGUGCAUCAAAUGCUUCCAUCUCCCCUGUGGCCAAGAACGGGGUUGCCUUUCACAAUUUUUUGGAGAGUACAAAUCGUUUUGUGGGAAACAUCGCCCAACACAGGACAUCCAAACGGGGAAUAGAGGAGAGGAAAACUGUGUCUUAUGCUGUGAAGACUUAUCCCAGUCAAGUAUUGAAAACAUCCAGAGCCCAUGCUGUAGUCAAAUGAUCUACCACCGCAAGUGCAUACAGAAAUACGCCCACACAUCAGCAAAGCAUUUCUUCAAAUGUCCACAAUGUAAUAAUCGAGAAGAGUUUCCUCAAGAAAUGCUAAGAAUGGGAAUUCAUAUUCCUGACAGAGAUGCUGCAUGGGAACUCGAACCCGGGGCUUUCUCAGAGCUGUAUCAGCGCUAUCAGCAUUGUGAUGCCCCUGUCUGUUUGCAUGAAGAAGGAAGAGACAGCUUUGAGGAUGAAGGGAGAUGGCGCCUUGUUCUGUGUGCUACGUGCGGAUCCCAUGGGACCCACAGGGACUGCUCCUUCCUUAGAACCAGCUCUAAGAAGUGGGAGUGUGAAGAAUGCACCCCUAUUACAGCAGCAGACUACAUGCCUGAAAACUCAGGGGACUUCCCCUCCUGCAGCAGCACCUUCCACUCUGAGGAGCACUUCUACAGUGACACGGGCUUGGAAGACAUCCCAGGCCCUUCUUGGAGUGAUUGGUCAGGCCCCUCCUUAUCAGAUAAGCCAGAGUAUGGCAGGAGGGGGCGCUCCUGGCCCUCGGAGAGUGUGAGAAUCACUAAGAAAUGCAGGAAACCCAAGUGACAGCUUGUGAGUAGUCGCUGCCAAGCACAUCCGUGCGUUCCAAGCUGGGCUGCUUCACAUUGUCUUGGGAGGUGGCCGUUGGGAUCUGUGGGACAAGGAAAGGUUCAGCAGCAAGACUAUGGACCAGAGAAAGAGAAGUCCCCAGAGGGAUGUGGGAUCAGAGCAGAGUUCAGACGCCGACAGAGAAACGUGUUUGUGGCUCGGCGCCUCUGCUUUCUCCCGGCUUACCAAAGGGCCCUUCUCCUUUUCUUCUACUGAGAUUCUUGACCUUUAUUUGGUUCUCAUAUGCCUCCUCUUCAACCGCACGUGUUACUAUACAAAUAAAU